AUGUCCCUGCUGCAACUGCCAAUUUCUCUAUGUGUCAGACCAAAUCUAAACAACAAAUUGAAGAAGAAGAUGAUGAUGACUUCUCUGAUAGCUCUUUAUCUGAUGCUCACCCAGAGGAGUAUCCUAUUGCUGUCACUGCUGCCACUGAUAGUGACUCUGAAUCUGAAAACAUUGAAGAAGGCGUUGACAGAACAACAACCCAGUCAGUCUUUUAUCCAAACAAGAGGAAGAGGGGUGAAACAAAUACCCGUUCAGAGGAGCGUAAGAAGGACUGAAGCUGACGAGCCUUCUACAUUCCAAACCAAGUCUAAUUUGUUAUAUAAGUAUGUACCAUGGUGUAGCAAGUCAUCUGUCGACACCCAAGGAAAGGAGAGUUGGAUAGAUUCUUGGUCUUCGGAACAUGGGAAGGAACCUGAGGAGGAUCGAAAAGGGUAUCACUAUCUAAACAUAUACGGUUUUUACAAGAAGGACACAGGAGUUGGGGGUUACGGUGUUAUUUUGCGUGAUCCAUGUGGAAAGCCAGUAGUUGCCUCUGCUUCUGUGCAACAAAAUGGAGAAUCUUAUUUCUAUCAUGUGUUGGAUGGGGUGAAGGACGGCCUUGCACUUGCAUUGCAACAUAACAAAUAUGAUCUUAAACUGCUGUGCAACUCCAGAACACUUGCUGGCUGCCUUAGCCAUAUUUUUCAGCAAGCUGAUGAUGGUUUGAGUAAGACUAGACGUACCCGUAUUCGACAGGCUCCUUAUCAGUGUGGUGCCUGCAACACGUGUUUGAGUAGGCUCAUCCCUCUCGAUGGCAAGAUAUUAAAGAUUUUGUUUCCCCUUCUCAAGGAGAUAAUAGGGACGCGCUCUAAGAUAAUGUCCAAAUCUCUAAGAUAA